ACAUAAAUGUAAUUUCUAACUAGUCGGGAUAUCAGACCGGCAAAAAUACUUGAUGGGUGUUUGUUUCACUGAGGUCACGGCUCCGCUACGAUUUCUACUUCUCUGUAAAAAACGCUCUCGGAAAAUUUUAUUGUGACAGGCGUUCGGUUGUGGGGAAAUAAACCAUCAAUAUCAGAUUAAUUCCUUGAUCAUCAGAAUCAACUGCAGGUGUGAAUUAAUGUCUGUAUAUUCUCCCCAAAUAUACUGCCCAGUGUUUGUGCCUAGUGGAGACAUGACUGAGGUGAUGAUCAGCAGCACGCCCAUGGAGGACAUGAGGCUCAGCCCCAGCAAGGACCGGCUCUCCUUCCAGAUCUUUCCAGACCCCUCGGACUUCGAGCGCUGCUGUAAGCUGAAAGACCGCCUGCCCUCCAUCGUAGUGGAGCCCACGGAGGGGGAAGUGGAGAGCGGCGAGCUGCGUUGGCCUCCUGAGGAGUUCAUUGUUAGUGAAGAAGAGGAGAAGGAGAACCAUGGCAAAAGCCAAACUGGACAGCCAACGCAGAACAACCAGCACUAGAGGCCAAACGACAGACCCUACUCCCACCUACACCCUACUAGCACUUAACCACUCAGACUGACUAGGGGCACACAUGUCAGUGAUGCUCACUUUCCUUCCCUUGACACCGAAGCAUCACUCUCAAGAGAAGAAAUACGCAUGCUGUACCUUAUCUACUUUCUGGAUUUCACCUCUGUUGCUUAACCACACACACACCAUAUGUAUGAAAAUACACACAGUUUAUACCAACACCAAGCACCUCUGUGUCUCACCCUAAAAUGGAGGUCCAGUAAAACGGUGGCAGCUCAGAGCUCCAUGGACAGAUCUAGGACUACAGGAGACUACAAUUCCCACACCAUUCGCCAAAUCUGCUGGCUACAUGACUCCAGAGACUCCUUAUACCCAUAGACUACUGCUUUGGUACCCAAGCGGACUUCUGUUUUUCAUACCUUCCUUCGGUAUAUGGAUUGAAAUGUACAUGAUUGCCAUUGCCAUCUGUGGAUCUCAUAGUCUGUUUUUAAAAGUAUUGUGCGUAUGUUGGUGGGGUUUGUUUCGGUGGAUUGUGAUUACUGACAGGAAGUAGGGGUUACUGAAUGACACAGAGACCGUUAGUCUCUGUUGGGCAAGGAGUAAUUUUUUUUUACACUGAGAUGGAAAGAGAGGGAACUCUUCCCUACUUCUAUAACAGUUCAUAAUAUGUACAGUAUAAUAUGAAGGCUGGUUGUGCACUGAAGCACUCAUGUGCUUUGCUUUUUUCCUUAUCUUGUCCCCGCAGAUGUCAUUUGAUAGGUAUUGGAGGGGGAGGGGGAGGGAGGGGGCAAUUAGAGUCAAUAUUAAUCAAUAUAUUUUUUGGAUGUAGUGAUUAAAACCAACAGUGUCACUAAAAUGGACAAAGACUCAAGACUGAAGGACAGUUUUGCCCUUGGAGCCAAUACCUGAGGUUAUUGUUGAUUGGUUUAUUUUGUUAUUGUCACGAAACAUUAAUGAGACUGUGAUUCUCACCAGAGCUCUGAGUUCACUGAUCUAGUCUUCCUGUUCUUUUGAAAUCAGCCCUUAUGGGUAUGUCACCCUCAACCAGUAAGGUAUAUCACGAUGCAGGGACAGGGACUUGGCCAGCUACCUCUUGUACAUUUCUGAAACAACUCCCAAUUUUCCAGUUCAUAAAAACAGGCAUUGGUUCAUGGCAGUGGAGGCUGCUGAGGGGAGGAUGGUUCAUAAUGGCUUGAAUGGAGUCAAUGGAAUUGUAUAAACUACAUGGAAAUCACAUGUUUGUGUUUGAUACCAUUCCAUUGACUCCAUUCCAGCCAUUAUUAUGAGCCGUCCUCCCCUCAGCAGCCUCCACUGGUUCAUGGAUUCUGUUCUCUUACUAACAAGUCCUCCAUAGUAGCUUCCUUUUUAUCAUCUUAAAAACAGUUACUGAUAUCUGUCUGUGUUUGUUAAAGCCAGUUAGUUGAUCCUGACUCAUAAAUUGCCACCUGGUUUGUAUGCAAUUUGUUAAACUAAUGAUGUUUUGCCGUCUAUUUCUCUAUUCUACAUCACCAGCUGUUCAGCCUUCUUGGAAAUAUGUAUAUAGUUAAAGGCAUAAUGUUUUCUGAAGAAAAGAAGAUACCUUUAUGUAUUGUUCUGAUACUGUAAAUUAAGUUUUGUGUAUGUCUCUCCCUCUGUAAAUGGCAUUAGGGCUCUGUAAAGAACAUAUCCUUUUCUCUCUGCUGUCACCCACAAGUCCUGUGCUUUGUUUUUGUAAAGCUCAGGGAGAAUAGCUGCCAUUUUGCUUUUUUGUUGUUGUUGUAUUUAGAUCACUUUACUCUGAAUGCAGAGGUUGUAAAUAAACAUUUGAAUUUGC